AUAUUCAUUGAGCCGUCGCGGAAGGAAUGACGCGGAUAACGUGUUCGCCGCAAUGAUAAUAAACCGUAAACAUAAAGCUAUAAUUUACCGCUUUAAAGAAUCAGACGAGACGUGUUUCUUUUACAUGCACAAUCUCGUCAAAGGACCAAUUCUGUUAUUAACUCUGGUUGAUAAAAAAUCUGCUUUUACGAAACCGAGGGAUAGGUGAGCGGAACAACGAGGUUGUGCCAUGGCCACAGCAUCUGCUACUGUGGACUCCAAGGCAGAGUUGACUGCGCUGUUGGAACAAUGGGAAAAGGAACAACAGGGUGCCACUCAAGAACUGGUGAACAUACUGACAAAAAUCUCAGAGCUUGUGGAAAAAGAAACAGAGGAAUAUCACAAAGCAGAUCCAGACCCAUUUGAUGAUCGACAUCCUGGGAGAGCUGAUCCAGAAUGUGUGUUGGGGCACUUACUGAAAAUAUUGUUCAAGAAUGAUGACUUCAUGAACACAUUGGUGAAUAGUUAUGUGAUGACCAGCCGGGAAUUUUCUCUUAAUACAGCAGCUUGUCGCUUACUUCAAAACAUUAUGCCUGGGUUAGAAACUGCAGUAGUCUUUCAAGAAAAGGAGGGGAUAGUCGAAAAGCUUUUCAAAUGGGCUCAGGAGGCAGAGCAGCCCCUGCGAAUCUAUGCCACUGGUUUGUUGGCUGGUGCAAUGGAGAAUCAAGAUAUUGCUGCCAACUACAGGGAGGAGAACUCUAUCUUGGUACCUUUGAUGCUGCACCGUCUGCGAGAACUUCAGGACAAGACUAUUGAGAGCAAACGUCCCAGUCCAAGGAAAAUCUUGAGUAGAUCUUUGCUGCCUCUAGAUGAGGAGGCUGUUGAUGGAAACUUUGAAGAGAAACCUUUUACACCAGGCAGAAAUGGUGCUGAAAAGGAGCUGAGAGACCCAGACCAAGAUGGCGAAAAGACAUUUUCCACCACUGAGCAAGAAAAUGAACUGUCUUUUCGUAUUAGCUCUCCUCCUCACAGGACCAGCAGCCGCCCAAGCUCUGCACUUAAAACCAUGAUGAAACCCAUGUCUGCUUCAGAAUCUCUGACUCAACUGUCUGAUGGAGGCAACUAUCUAAAAAGAAAAGCAGAAAGGGACAUUUGCAGGCUGUCAAAGCAGAAGCUAAAUUUCUCUUUACCAGAUCCAGAGAGAUCCUUCAGUGAGCUAUCAAACAGCAGCUGGUCUGAGAUGAGCCCCUGGGUCAUUGGCAACAACUAUCACCUGUACCCUUUGACCCCAGAGAUUGAGCAACGACUUAUUCUUCAAUAUCUGACACCUUUGGGAGAGUACCAGGAGUUGCUAGCAGUAUUCAUGCAGAUGGGAGCCCGGGAACUUCUCAUGCAUUACAUGGAUCUAAAGCAGACUAAUGAUGUACAGCUAACCUUUGAGGCCCUUAAGUAUCUUGCGUCAUUGCUACUUCACAAGAAAUUUGCUGCUGAGUUUGUGGCACAUGGUGGAGUUCAGAAGUUGCUGGAAAUUCCCAGACCAUCAAUGGCUGCAACUGGAGUAUCUCUGUGUCUAUAUUAUCUUGCCUAUAAUCAAGAUGCUAUGGAAAGAGUGUGUAUGUUGCCCAACUCCGUCCUGUCAGAUAUGGUUGGCUACACUCUUUGGUUACUAGAAUGCUCACACGCAUCCGGUUGCUGUCAUGCUACCAUGUUUUUCUCUAUAUCCUUUUCCUUCCGCGCUGUCCUUGAGCUGUUUGACAAGCAGGAUGGACUCAGGAGACUUGUAAAUUUGAUCAGCACAUUGGAGAUCUUGAACCAUGAGGACCAGGGAGCUCUGCUGAGCGAUGAUCAGAUUUUCUCCAGCAGGCAGACAGCCAAGCACACCUGCAUGGCUCUGCGCAGGUACUUUGAGGCCCAUCUGGCCAUCAAAGUCGAACAGGUGAAGCAAUCUUUGCAACGCACAGAGGGAGGUGCCCCUAUUCACUCACCACCAUAUUAUAAGGCUGUCAGCUACAGUCGUGAGCAGGUGGUUGAGAUGAUGGAGUUUCUGACAGAGUACGGUCCACUCAGACUGUACUGGGAACCGGCAGAGGUCUUUCACAAAUUAUCCUGUGUGCAGCUCCUCCUCCAGCUCAUCUCUAUUGCCUGUGAUUGGAGAACAUACUAUGGCAGGAGUGACACAGUUCGUUAUGCACUUGACAUCCUGAGUAUCCUCACAGUUGUACCAAAGACACAGCUUCUGUUGUCUGAACCUGUGGCUGUGCUGGAUGAAGGAGGUUCCACUGUUUCUACUAUUGGAAUGAGUAUUGUGCUAGAAGUAGCUGAAGGAGAGAUAUUUGUCAAUGAUGCUGAGAUCCAGAAGUCAGCUCUGCAGGUGAUCAUAAACUGUGUAUGUGCUCCUGACAAGCGUGUGUCCAGCAUCGGAAAGUUUAUAGCAGGAACUCCUCGCCGCCGCAUGCCACAGCAGACCAAAGCCAGUGAGAGUGUGCUCACCAAGAUGUGGAAUGUGGUUCAGUCGAAUAAUGGCAUCAAGGUAUUAUUGUCUCUGUUGAUGGUGAAGAUGCCCAUAACAGAUGCAGAUCAGAUUCGUGCCUUGGCCUGUAAAGCUCUAGUGGGCCUGUCUCGCUCUAGUACGGUCCGGCAGAUCAUCAGUAAGUUACCUCUGUUCAGCAGCGGACACAUCCAGCAACUGAUGAAAGAGCCAGUUCUUCAGGACAAACGCAGUGAACAUGUCAAGUUCUGUAAAUAUGCUGCAGAGCUCAUAGAGAGGAUUUCUGGGAAACCUCUUCUCAUUGGCACAGACGUGUCCUUGGCAUGGCUACAACGGGCCAGUGUCGUGGCUCAGUCCAGGAUCUCGUUUCCAGAAAAGGAACUCUUGUUGCUCAUCAGGAACCACCUUGUGGCCAAAGGUCUUAGUGAUACUGCUGCUACAUUGACUAAAGAGGCAGACCUACCAAUGGUUUGCCUAUCUCAUUCCUCACAUUCAGCAUCAGCUUUCCCGUCUGUCCCUGUUGCUCCCUCCACCUCCUCACCGGUCACCACACUGCCCCGUACCCCACGGUUAGCCAACGGUGUUGGGUCAAGACUGGCAAACCUCCCCACCCACCCAUCCACACCUGGAUCAAGUCAUUCCCAACCUCGGCCAUGUACAGUAACCCAAACCACACCUGCUGCCACCCUCCCUCAAACAGCUGCUCAUCAAUGCACUAAUGGCUCUCCAGUCAUCGGUCGGAUUUGUUUUUCCCGUGAACGGCAAACAAUAAGCUGCGGUACUAUGGGCUGCAGGAAACCACGUGUACUCAGGCAGAAAUCAGACCAUGGCGCCUUCAGCCAGACCCCAGCAAUGAAAAAGCAGUUUGAUCGACAUUUGCCCUCCCCACCUGCUUUGGACAGUAUUAUAACAGAGUAUCUGAGAGAACAGCAUGCGCGAUGUAAAAACCCUGUUGCCACCUGUCCGCCUUUUUCACUCUUUACACCCCAUCAGUGUCCUGAGCCCAAACAGAGGAGACAAGCACCUACUAACUUCACAUCUCGGCACAUUAGGAGGGUUAUCUAUCCCAAAUAUGGAGGUGUGGAUGGAGGAUGUUUUGACAGACAUCUCAUUUUUAGCAGGUUUCGUCCAAUUUCGGUUUUCAGAGAAGCAGACGAGGAUGAGAGUGGCUUCAUGUGCUGUGCAUUUUCUGCUAGAGAGCGCUUCCUGAUGCUGGGGACGUGUACCGGACACCUCAAACUGUACAAUGUGUUUACAGGGCAGGAGGAGGCUAGCUACAGCUGCCACAGUUCAGCUAUCACACACCUAGAGCCCUCUCGGGAUGGCUCACUGCUUUUAACAUCUGCCUCUUGGAGUUACCCACUGUCUGCACUGUGGGGGAUGAAAUCUGUGUUCAUUAUGAAGCAUUCGUUUCCAGGAGAUCACUAUGUGGAGUUCAGUAAGCUUUCACAAGACCGGGUCAUUGGCACAAAAGAACAUAUAGCAAGAAUAUAUGAUAUCCAGACAGGGCAAGUGACUCUGACCCUCAAUAACCCUGACCUUGCAAACAACUACAAGAGGAACUGUGCGACCUUUAACCCCACGGAUGACCUGGUGCUGAACGACGGAGUGCUGUGGGACGUCCGUUCGGCGCAGGCUAUUCACAAGUUCGACAAGUUUAACAUGAACAUCAGUGGAGUGUUCCACCCCAACGGACUGGAGGUCAUCAUCAACACAGAGAUUUGGGACCUUCGAACCUUCCACCUCCUGCACACAGUUCCUGCCUUGGACCAAUGCAGAAUUGUCUUCAAUAAUAACGGCACUGUCAUCUAUGGAGCAAUGUUGCAGGCGGAUGAUGAGGACGAUAUGAUGGAGAUGCAGAUGAAGUCACCAUUUGGCUCCUCAUUCAGAACCUUCAAUGCUACAGACUACAAACCAAUAGCAACGAUUGAUGUCAAGAGGAAUAUUUUCGAUCUUUGCACUGAUACAAAAGAUUGCUAUCUUGCAGUGAUUGAGAAUCAAGAUUCAGUCAACACGGACACUGUUUGUAGGCUCUAUGAGGUUGGACGUCAAAGAUUAGCGGAAGAAGAGGAGGAUGAGGAAGAUCAGGAGGAUGAGGAUCAGGAAGAGGAUGACGAUGAUGAUGAAGAUUCUGAUGAUGACGUGGACACAGACCCUCUGAUGGCGGAGCUUGAGGAGAAUGACAAUGAUGGUGCUGAGGAUGAGGACGGUGCAGAGGAGUUCUCUCCAUCGGACGAUGACGUGGAGCAGCUCCUUGAUGAAGAUGCAGAUGAUGUCGGUGAUGACGAUGAUGAAGAUGAUAAUGAUGAUGACGACUCAGACAACGAUGAUGUGGAUUUGGAUGGAGACAAUGACAGCUCAGAUAACUCUGACCUCGAGGACGACAUCAUCCUUUCCCUGAAUGAGUGAGGAGCAUUAAGCACUUUCCUGGCCCUACAACAGGUGUCAAGAUCUCUGCUACAUCAGUGCUGCAGAGAAAACUGGAAAAAUCUGCAAAAACUUCAAGAUUGACCCUGGGCUUUCCCAAAGGCCACAUGUGCACACACAAAAACACAUUCAGACCUGACAAUGUUGCACAAACUCAACUGCUCCCCUGUUGGUCAGACUUGAUUGUACAUAUUAUAGUUUUUUAUACAUAAUAUUUCACUUCAGAAGAGUUGCGUGACUAGUGUUGCACCAAGAGAAUGUUUUAUAUUUUUACUACUUUUUCAUUCAACACGUAAAAUGUAAAAAGAUGAGACUGGUUGUGGAGCUGUGUUUGUAUGCCAAUUGAUAUAGUUCUCUCUCAAGUGAACUUUGUAUACUUACCAAAUAGUACUAUUGAAAGAGGCAGCUAAUGUGGCACCUAAAUUUUAAGAGUCUGUGCCAUUAUAAAGUGCUAUUCAAAAGUCAAUCACAGCAAUGUCAUCAACAUGUUUCCUUUUUUUGUAAUGUACAUACAGAACUCGUCCUGGUCAGUAAGAAUUCCCUGAGAAUUCUGUAACAAUAUGUUUAGCUAAGAUCAUAGAACUCCAGUACACCCCUCAGUAUUUACUUAAGUUUCCAUAAAAAAGGUAUAUUGAUACACAAACAAUACCUGCUUGUGUUAGGCUUAUCUGAUUCGAAUCUUGUGGUAAACAAUGUUUUCUGAUAAAGAGGAUUUGAGACAAAAAGAAAAAUACUUAAGUUUCCCUGAAGAGAAAGAAAUAUUUAAGAGAUAAGAGAAAGCCUUACAUCCAUUUGUUUAUUUUUCUCUUAAAAUGGAUUUGAUCGAAAAUAUUGUACUUACCGCUAUUUCUUUACCUAAAGGAGUAUUUUAUUUUAAGUUUUUUGAGAUUACUCGUGUACAGAUUAAGUGUAUCAAAAUUAUUUUUUACUAUAAAUAAACAUUCAAAUCACAU